CAGCACGUAUAAAUAGACUGUUAGAUUUAAACAGAGCAUUCAAUCGUUCCUCGUGUUUCAACGAGAAAUAGAAAAACAAUCAUCAUGUUCAAACUCUUGGUGGUGUUCGGCCUCUUGGCUGUCGUAAACGUCUGCUAUGCCGGUUGGGUCGCACCUGCGAUCGCACCAGCUGCAAUUGCUAUUGCUCCCGCUAAAACUGCGUGGGCUCCUGCCGCUGGAUGGGGUGGUGCCGGAUGGGGUGGUGCCGGAUGGGGUGGUGCCGGAUGGGGUGGCGCUAAAUGGGGUGGUGCCGGAUGGGAUAAUGCUGGAUGGGGUGGUGCUAAAUGGGGGGGUAGCUGGGGUGCCGCUCCUGGAUUAGUUAAGUUAGGCUAAAUCUUUUUUACAUUGAUAAAAAACCCGCCACUAUCCCACCAACUACACAUCGCAGAAUGUACCUUGCCUUUAAUAUUAGAUACAUACAAAUUUGUUGAUGCAUUUCGCAAUUCUCCCUGAAGUCAAUAUUCACAAAAUUCUUUCCUUUUUCUAAGAAUAUUUUUCCUCCAUCCCACUUGAAAUUGUUGAUAAAUUGUUGAUAAGCGCCGCGACAAAAAAAACAUGAAGUAAUAAUAAAAUUUCACAUAAAAAACU